UCAAAACCGGCCUAUAUAAGUUCAUAUUGUCCUAAUGUUUCUCUUCACAUGGUUUCAGUGUUCCAACCAUGGAACGCGUCACUCCUUUCAAGCUCCUAUGUCUCCUUCUUGUUCUGUCAGCUGUUACAACAUCUUCCAAGUCAGAAGAUAUAAGAACUUAUAUAGUUCACAUGGAUAAAUCAGCCAUGCCAAUUCCCUUCUCCAGUCAUCAUGACUGGUACUUAUCAACCCUCUCAUCCUUCUACUCACCAGAUGGUAUUCUCCCAACCCAUCUCUACACCUAUAACCAUGUGUUGGAUGGCUUCAGUGCUGUUCUGUCCCAGUCACACCUUGAUCAACUGGAGAAGAUGCCCGGCCACCUGGCAACAUACCCAGAGACCUUUGGAACAAUCCACACCACACACACCCCAAAAUUUCUUGGCCUGGAGAAUAAUUUUGGUUCAUGGCCGGGGGGCAACUUUGGUGAAGACAUGGUUAUUGGUAUACUCGACACUGGUAUCUGGCCAGAGAGUGAGAGUUUUCAGGACAAGGGAAUGGCUCCUGUGCCAGAUAGAUGGCGAGGUGCCUGUGAAUCUGGGGUGGAAUUUAACUCUUCUCUUUGUAACCGAAAACUCAUUGGAGCACGGUCUUUCAGUAAAGCACUGAAGCAACGAGGCUUGAACAUAUCAACACCUGAUGAUUAUGAUUCCCCAAGGGAUUUCUUUGGACAUGGAACUCAUACAUCAUCUACAGCAGCUGGGAGUCCAGUGGCAGACGCCAAUUACUUUGGCUAUGCCAAGGGUACAGCUACUGGCAUUGCACCCAAGGCUCGGCUUGCCAUGUAUAAAGUGCUCUUUUACAAUGAUACUUACGAGUCAGCUGCCUCAGACACAUUAGCCGGAAUAGACCAAGCCAUAGCGGAUGGUGUUGAUCUCAUGUCACUUUCACUGGGGUUCUCUGAGACAACUUUUGAAGAAAACCCAAUUGCCGUUGGAGCUUUUGCAGCCAUGGAGAAAGGGAUUUUUGUGUCUUGUUCAGCUGGAAACUCUGGUCCUCAUGGUUACACUAUAUUCAAUGGAGCUCCUUGGAUUACAACCAUUGGUGCUGGGACUAUUGAUCGAGAUUAUGCCGCUGACGUCUCACUGGGCAAUGGCAUAUUGAACAUCAGAGGAAAAUCAGUUUAUCCGGCAGACUUGUUAAUCUCCCAGGUUCCUCUCUACUUCGGUCAUGGAAAUAGAAGCAAAGAACUCUGUGAGGACAAUGCCAUAGACCCAAAAGAUGCUGCAGGCAAGAUUGUGUUCUGCGACUUCUCUGAAUCAGGAGGAAUCCAGUCAGAUGAAAUGGAGAGAGUAGGAGCUGCCGGAGCCAUAUUCAGUACAGACUCAGGGAUUUUUCUCUCGCCCAGUGAUUUCUACAUGCCAUUUGUGGCUGUAAGCCCCAAGGAUGGAGAUUUGGUGAAGGACUACAUAAUCAAAUCAGAGAAUCCUGUAGUUGAUAUUAAGUUCCAGAUAACAGUAUUGGGUGCUAAACCAGCUCCUAUGGUGGCUUGGUUCUCUUCACGAGGUCCUAGUCGUAGGGCUCCAAUGAUAUUGAAGCCUGAUAUAUUGGCUCCUGGGGUGGAUAUCUUAGCUGCAUGGGCACCCAACAGAGGAAUUACACCCAUAGGGGACGAUUACCUGCUCACCGAUUACGCUCUCUUGUCUGGAACCUCUAUGGCCUCUCCCCAUGCAGUUGGGUUAGCUGCACUGCUGAAAUCAGCACACCCAGAUUGGAGCCCAGCUGCCGUUCGCUCGGCAAUGAUGACCACGGCGUACCUGCUUGAUAACACCAAGGGACCCAUCAUGGAUAUGACCACCGGAGUUGCAGGCACUCCUCUUGAUUUUGGAGCAGGGCACAUCGACCCCAACAAGGCCAUGGACCCAGGACUUAUUUAUGAUAUAGAGGCCCAAGACUACAUCAAUUUCCUGUGUGGAUUGAACUACACCAGCAAACAGAUUAAGAUCAUCACCAGAAGAUCAAAGUUCAGCUGUGAUCAAGCCAAUCUAGACCUAAAUUACCCUUCAUUUAUGGUCCUCCUCAACAAUACUAACACUACAAGCUACACCUUCAAGAGGGUGUUGACAAAUGUAGAGAAUACCCAUUCCGUUUAUCAUGCCAGGGUGAAGCUACCUUCAGGAAUGAAAGUUUCUGUACAGCCCUCUGUAGUAUCUUUCGCAGGAAAGUACAGCAAGGCUGAAUUCAACAUGACGGUAGAGAUCAAUCUGGGAGAUGCCAGACCACAGAGCGAUUACAUUGGAAAUUUCGGGUAUUUAACCUGGUGGGAGGCUAAUGGGACUCAUGUUGUGAGCAGUCCUAUUGUCUCCGCCAUUGCACCUAUCAUCAGAACUUGACCAGUAACUGAUCAAUCUUAUUUCAUGA